GGGUGACCAACGGAGCGAGUCAGACUCGCACCGAGAGCGAUGGAGGGAGAAGGCAGGGUUUCGUGGAUGAAAUACGGGCCGAUUGUGUCCCUGUUUGUGGUUUUUUUCGCCGUCUGGUUCCGGUCCCCUCAUGACGCCGUCCUGGACGACCGGCUGGACACCGUGCUGUCCUCUCUGCUGCGGGCGGAGGGCAAAGUCGGGAUGGAUAACGUCGCCAAACCUAAAGUGGCGGUUGGGUUUGGAGGUUGCGUUGACCUGAUAGUGGAUGGGAUUACCCUGCUUAAUAAGAUUGGCCUCCCUCCUACUGACCAGCCCCUACACCAUAACUACAUCGAAAAUGAAGUGCAGUUGGCUGAGAGCUUUGCCUACUUCUUUGCACCGGGAGCCGCUGCAGAACGUUUUAUGCUGAAUGACACCCUGUUCAGUGAGCUGGUGGAAGCAGCCCGGGACAUCCCUGGAAACAAAUGGGCAGUCGGGGGCAAUGCCCCGGUCAUGGCCGGUCGCAUGGCAACCGAGGGAUGUGACAUUUUGCUCGGGGGAAGUUUCAGCCCCGAUUUUACUGAUGUGCUGUCCGAGCACAUUACAGUGGCAGGCAACAUAGUGGAGGAGCCAGACAUCCAUCUGAUCCUGGAGUACCCAUCUGGUGCCAGCUGGGGUAACUAUACCUCACGGAGAGCCAACAGAUAUAUCGUCCAUAGCGAUGACCAUAACCCCUACCUGGACUCCAUGACAGACUUUGCCGGGAAACUCCAAGACUUCAACCCAGAUUUGCUGGUGGUGGGUGGGCUGCAGAUGAUGGACAACUUCCCCUUCCAGGCUGGUGAGCAGGACGCUCUCUUCUCCCGCCUGUCGGACCUCCUGUCCUCCUCGUCUCCAACGAUUGGAGUCCACUUUGAGAUGGCCAGCUUUGUAGAAGAGAGUAUAAUGGAAGAUCUACUUCACUAUGUCAUUCCCCACGCGGACUCUCUCGGGAUGAACGAGCAGGAGCUUCCCAACCUGCUCAGCCUGCUUAAAGGCUCCAACAUCACCGUGCUGUCGGACCCAAACCCGCGCGUGGCUACGGUUCUGGACCAGAUGAGGGAGGUCUACCGCAUUGUGAACCACCGCUCCGAGAAUGUCAGUGGAGAAAGGGACGCGCGCGGCGCUCCGUCCAAGCCGCUGACCCGGCUCCACGUCCACACGCUGGCCUUCCAGGCCAUGAUCGUGACACGCGGCUCCCAGUGGAAGAACACCAUGUCGGCCACCGCCAAGGCCUCCCUCACGGCCAACCGCCACGUGUGCGGCUCCAACGACAUCGACCCCAGCAAGGCCCGGCUCAUCAUGGACGACUCCUUCUCCGUCAGCCGGACGGAAGGCAGCCAGCGCAUCCCUCUGCAGGAGACCAGGCCGGUCAGCUGCUGGGACGAGGACAACUACGAGAUCUGCGUGGCCCCGGUGCUGGUGUGCACGGAGGUUUACCAGACGGCAGGAGGAGGAGACAACAUCUCUGCUGCCGGCCUGGUGCUGCAGAUCUAGAGAAGCACCGUGGUCCAUCUGUGUGACGCGCCGACGACAUGUUGGGCAACAGCGGGACUGGAGAGGUGACGCAAACACGGGAACUGAUCGUGAAAUAUAUCAGGCUGUUGCUGACGCCGUCAGCUCGUAUCCAUGGGGGACAUCAGGAACACGUAUAAUCAUUGGAAGCAGUCGUCUGGUGGGAAUGGUUAUUGAUCAGGUACAUCACCAAACCGUAAGUACAUGGGCUCAGUGCAAAGAGCAUCCAGAUUAUUUGAUGUUUAGAACCAAAACUUCAUAAAAGACGCGGCCCUUCUCUGCCCGACUUUGAUUCAACUCACCAAACGUCUUCGCCGAGUCGUCGUUGCCCAUCGGCGGACUCCUGUCCUGCUUCUCGAAAGCCUUCCAAGACUUGGCCUUCAGUCCGGAUUCGAUACAGAGGGAUGAGGUUUGGAUUAAGUCCACACACAUCAAGUUGUGUUUAGGUUUUGAUGGAUCCGCUACAUCAGCUGUAGGAUAAAUAAUCUCCACUAUGCAGAAAAUGAAUCCAGAGUUGGGUAAUUACUAAAAAUGCAGAAUCAGUGAACAGCAAACGGGGCUUUCUAUAGACCUGCUUUACUGCAUUUGCUAGAAAACUAAAGUUACUUUGCAGAUUAAUAUUAUCCAUACAAAAUAUUACUUGACUUAAGAAAUUAUAAUAUAUAAAAAAUAGGUUAAGAUACCCAGCAGUGUAUGAAGCAAAUACAUUCAGCUCCACCGUUAUCAGCUGCAGCAUUAAAAAUAAAACAUUCAAACAUCACUCAUUGAAAUGGACCAGUCGGUACGAGUACUUUAAUAUUGUUAUGCAAAUAGUUCCAGAAAGGUUCUUCCACUACUGCCUGUCAGUUUUCCAAAUGAUCUGAACCUUUGUUAUUGAGAAGGUAAUGAAGGGAUGUUUCUUUCCGGCCUCUUCAAUUCUAAGAGAGGCAACUGCUGGAAGCUGGAUAUGAUGUCAGCAACGGCCUCUCUACCUCUUUGCUACGUUUGUUUCUUUACUCUUUCCUUUUCUACUCGACCCAUCUGGUGUUUGUUUAUCAAUCUCUAAAGGACCAAAUGAGCCAUGUGGGCUGCCUCAAGUUCGCAUAAAUGUCUGCAUACAGUGAAAGACGAUCUCCUCUACUUUGACUUUUUAUUAUUAUUAUUGUUGUAAGUUUGAUUUAAAGCUGUGUUGUCGCUCACCGUGGAUCGACUUGAGCUGUGACAUGUCGGACCAAACGGUGAAUAUAUUAGCGUUCAUCUUGCUGAGUUGAUGGCCCCGAUUUCAGGGACAAAUCACUUUUAUUUAAAAAACUGAAUGCGACCCAAAUGAGAUUUAUGCCAUUUAAACAUUCCAUGUUUUUUUAAAAAAUAUUAAAUGCCACUUCAGAUAAAGUU